CUCUGCACAGGCUGCAGCCCGCGAUGAUGCCUGUGCCGCUGCCGCUGCCGCCGCCCGGCGCGCCGCUGCCUGCCUUCGCGCGCACGCUGGCCGAGCUCCUCGUCGCUCUCUCCACCACCCGCGCGCUCCCCAAGGGGCAGCAGCUCCACGGCUACCUUCUCAAAGCCGGCCACCUCCCCGCCACCGCUUCCUCCCACACGCUGCUCGCGCACCACCUCCUCACCUUCUACUCGCGCUGCGCGCUCCCGGACCUCUCCCACCGCGCCUUCCUCGACCUCCCCUCGCCGCCCUCCCCCGCGGCGUGGUCAUCGCUCAUCUCCUCUUUCUCACAGAACGGCCUUCCCGUCGCUGCCUUCGACGCGUUCCGCCGCAUGCUCGCCACGGGCGUCCCCGCCACCGACCGCUCCAUCCCCUCAGCCGCGAAGGCCAUCGCCGCCGCCGAGACCUCGUCGCGCCCGCCGCUCGCGCCUCAAGCGCUCCACGGUCUCGCCGCCAAGACGCCAUUCGCGGGCGACGUGUUUGUUGGGUCCGCGGUUCUCGACAUGUAUGCCAAGUGCGGGCACCUUGCGGACGCCCGCCGGCUAUUCGAUGAAAUGCCGGAGCGGAAUGUUGUCUCUUGGUCCGCACUCAUCUGUGGGUACGCUGACGCUGGGAUGCAUCCUGCAGCAAUGGGAAUCUUCCGCUUGGCACUUGAGGAGGAUGUGCCAGUGAAUGACUUUACAGUUUCGUGCAUCAUCCGUGUAUGUGCUGCAGCAACACUCUUUGAGCUUGGAGCCCAGGUGCAUGCCAGGGCUAUAAAGACAGCGCUUGAUGUGUCACCCUUUGUGGGUAGCUCACUUGUUUCGCUUUACUCAAAGUGUGGGCUUGUGGAGUGUGCUUACCGGGUGUUUAGUGAAGCGCCUGAGAAGAAUCUUGGCAUUUGGAAUGCAGUGCUAAUUGCAUCUGCUCAGCAUGGGCAUACAUCGGCAGCAUUUGAGAGAUUUAUGGAGAUGCAGAAAGAUGGGUUCCGGCCCAACCACAUUACCUUCCUGUGCUUGCUCACUGCUUGUAGCCAUGCUGGUCUUGUUGAUGAAGGGAAACGAUAUUUCGCCCUUAUGAAAGAGUAUGGCACUGAACCACAGUCUGAACAUUAUGCUUCAAUGGUUGACCUACUUGGUCGUGUAGGGCGUAUAAAGGAAGCACUUGAUCUCAUUGAGUCUAUGCCCAUGGAACCACCUGAGUCUGUUUGGGGUGCACUCCUCAUGGCAUGCCGUAUGUUUAAGGAUGCUGACACUGCAGCAAUUGCUGCAAAGAGGCUGUUUGAAACUGGCUCUCGCAGCUCUGGUGCACAUAUGCUCUUGUCAAGCACAUAUGCAGCUGCAGGAAGGCAUGUUGAUGCAGCACUUGCUAGGAAAGCAAUGCGUGAUGCAGGUGUACGGAAAGAAACUGGACUUAGUUGGCUGGAGGCUGCAGGGGAGGUGCAUACCUUUGUGUCAAACUGUAGGAGACACCAAAGAAGUGAGGAAAUUUACAGGGUGCUAGAGAAAGUUGGUGAGAAGAUGGAGGCAGCUGGUUACAUGGCAGACACUAGUGUAGUGGUUAAGGAUGUGGAUGGAGAUGAGAAGCGAGCAACAGUGAGGUACCACAGCGAAAGGCUAGCAAUAGGGUUAGGCCUUUUGAUUGUUCCAGAAGGUGUGCCAAUCCGAGUUAUGAAGAACUUGCGUGUGUGUGAUGACUGCCACAAUGCAAUUAAGUAUCUAAUUGAUCCGUGCAAGCUUCUCUAUGCUUUGAAAUCCAGGAUGGAUAUUGCCAAAAAACCAAGAGAAAUAGAAGCACACACGACCAAGAUGAGUCUGGUGAGAGGACUUGGAAACGUGGCCAGAAGAUGGAGAGAACUCAAUGGUGUGAAUUAUUGGAAGGGGCUUCUUGAUCCCCUUGACAUCGACCUCCGGAGGAACAUCAUCAACUAUGGUGAGCUCUCCCAGGCAGCCUAUACUGGGCUAAACAGAGAGAGGAGAUCAAGGUAUGCUGGGUCUUGCCUCUUCAACCGCAGGGAUUUUCUCAGCAGGGUGGAUGUAUCGAACCCAGAUUUGUAUGAGAUUACAAAGUUCGUAUAUGCAAUGUGUACAGUCAGCCUGCCUGAUGGAUUCAUGGUUAAGUCUCUGUCAAAGGCUGCAUGGAGCAGGCAGUCAAAUUGGAUGGGGUUUGUUGCAGUAGCUACUGACGAGGGUAAGGAAGUGCUUGGGAGGCGGGAUGUGGUGGUGGCAUGGCGUGGGACAAUACGAAUGGUAGAGUGGAUGGAUGAUCUUGAUAUUUCCUUAGUGCCUGCUUCAGAAAUAGUUCUUCCAGGCAGUGCAAUUAACCCCUGUGUGCAUGGAGGGUGGCUUUCUGUCUACACAACUGCUGAUCCAGGAUCGCAAUACAACCAAGAGAGUGCAAGACAUCAGGUGUUGAAUGAGGUCAAAAGGAUACAGGAUUUGUACAAGAACGAGGAGACAAGCAUCACCAUAACAGGUCACAGCCUUGGGGCAGCACUUGCCACCAUCAAUGCCAUUGACAUCGUCUCUAAUGGCUACAACAAGAGCUGCCCUGUGUCCGCAUUUGUCUUUGGAAGCCCUAGAGUUGGCAACCCCGACUUUCAGAAAGCAUUUGACAGCGCAGCUGAUCUGAGAUUGCUCCGAGUUCGAAACUCUCCUGAUGUGGUCCCAAAAUGGCCAAAGCUAGGAUACAAUGAUGUCGGUACAGAGCUAAUGAUCGACACAGGGGAAUCACCCUACCUGAAGGCCCCUGGAAACCCCUUAACAUGGCAUGACAUGGAGUGCUACAUGCAUGGUGUUGCAGGGACGCAGGGGAGCAGUGGAGGGUUCAAGUUGUUGGUUGAUCGAGACAUUGCCUUGGUGAACAAACAUGAAGAUGCACUGAAGAAUGAGUAUUCAAUUCCAACAUCAUGGUGGGUGGUACAGAACAAAGGUAUGGUGAAAGGCAAGGAUGGCCGGUGGCAUCUAGCCGACCAUGAGGAUGAUGACUACUGACUGAUGUAGCCUGGCAGCUCAUCAUUUACCAGUUUGUUACGGGACAGCUGCGCUUGUCUGGUUUGACUGAUGUAAUUAUCUCAUUAGGACAAAAGUUACAAUUCACCAGCUCAAAAGGCAAAAUAAAGAAAACUAGUUUGUGUGUCCAUUGCUGUUUAACACUAAAGGAAUGCGUCUUAUUAUGUUUGAAAUUGUAUUUGACAAAUUUCUGUAUUCAAAAUCAUGAGUCUUAUUAACUUUAUCUGUUGUAAUGGAGUCUUAUUAUUGAAAUUGUAUUUGUUGAA